AUGACUGCUGCAGAUCAAGAGCAACUCAAAGUGAUAGAAGCGACGCCUGAAGACGGUUUAGAUUCCUUGCAGGCGCCAGUUGUGGACGCAAAGGACGAAACUCCAGACCAGAACCAAGCUGCCGAGCGUCAGGAAACACCCGAAGUUGUCUCAAAGGGCACAGAAGGCCUAGAUGACGAAGUCGUGGGCGAUGAUGGCAGUAUUAUAGAGGAUAACAGCCAUGUGGAGGCAGCGGAAAGGAAACGUAAGCAUAUCAGCACAGACCUAUCAGAUGACGAUAUAGAAAAAGAGUUGCACAACAAUCAGAGCCCUCAACCAUUGGUGGAAAAUAGGAUUAAUAAAGAUAGGGAUUCAAGUGCCACUCCAACGAGUAGACAGGAAUUGGAAGAAAAGCUGGAUCGUAUUUUGAAGAAACCUAAAGUGAGAAGGACGAGGAGGGAUGAAGACGAUUUGGAGCAGUAUUUGGAUGAAAAAAUUCUGAGGCUUAAAGACGAAAUGAAUAUUGCAGCUCAACUAGAUAUCGAUACGUUGAACAAGAGAAUAGAAACUGGAGAUACUUCACUGAUUGCUAUGCAAAAAGUCAAACUGUUGCCUAAAGUGGUAAGUGUACUGUCAAAGGCAAACUUAGCUGAUACCAUUUUGGACAAUAAUUUACUUCAAAGUGUUAGGAUAUGGUUAGAGCCCUUGCCUGAUGGAUCGCUACCAUCUUUUGAAAUUCAAAAAUCGCUCUUUGCAGCUUUAAAUGAUCUGCCAGUGAAAACAGAACAUCUUAAGGAGAGUGGUUUGGGAAGAGUGGUUAUCUUCUAUACAAAGUCUAAACGUGUUGAAGCUCAACUGGCCAGGUUGGCUGAAAAGUUAAUUGCAGAAUGGACAAGACCAAUUAUCGGUGCUUCGGAUAAUUAUAGAGAUAAGAGAAUCAUGCAACUAGAAUUUGAUUCUGAAAAAUUGAGGAAAAAAUCCGUCAUGGACUCUGCCAAGAAUAGGAAAAAGAAGAAAUCUAAGUCUGGUGAAGACCCCACUUCUCGCGGUUCUUCAGUACAAACUCUAUACGAACAAGCUGCCGCAAGAAGAAACAGAGCUGCUGCACCGGCACAAACUACUACUGAUUACAAGUAUGCUCCAGUUAGUAACCUUAAUACAGUACCCACGAAUGCAAGAGCUGUUGGUGUUGGUUCGACUUUAAACAACAGUGAGAUCUACAAGAGGUUGACUUCGAGAUUGAAUAAGAAGCAUAAAUAA